UCGCUUGGAAAAUUUACUCAUUUCGAUCUUCGAUUGAGAAUCGAACCCAUUGCUUUUUCUUCAUCAAUGGCAUUUACUCAAUGGUCCCACCCAAGCAAAACGACAACCACUUCUGAGAUCCUGAGUUGGCUCAAGAAGUAUCCGAUGCAACGACACAACUAAGCGACUGAUGUUUCAACACCCGUAACAAUGUCAGCACUCCACAAACUGGCGGCAGUCAAGAAUGGCCCAGAGGCCAGCUGGGACGACAAUCACAUGAAACUCCUCGCGCGUAUGAACGACGAGGAAAUCGAAAUCCUCCAACUUCCCUCGCCCAAAUAUUCGGCUAAAAACAUAUCGACCGAGUUGUGCCGGAUCCCCGUGCAGAAAGAUCACAUCAUGAGUUCUCCUUGGAGACUCGGCAUCUGUGCCAUGGAAGACAAGGCACUCAGCAAGGCCAACCAGGAGAUAUUCCGUCGCUUACACGUAGACGGUCUUAUCGAGGUGGUCCUGUUCGGUGAUAAGACGCUUUUGAGUAAGAGGCCGGAAGAAUGGCCGAUCUGUGAUUUUUUAAUUGCAUUUUAUUCUGAUGGGUUUCCCCUCGAGAAGGCCAUUUCGUACACGAAGCUCCGCUCGCCGCUCUGCUAUAAUGACUUGCUUAUGCAGGGUCUUCUCUUUGAUCGUCGGCUCUGUAAUAGAGUCUUGGAUUAUCUUGGUGUGCGGACUCCCAAGAGGCUUGAGGUAAACCGUGACGGUGGCCCCAGAGCCUAUGAUUGGGGUCUCGUUCAACACGUGUAUGAUCGGAUGGGGCUCGGGAUACCAGGCCCUAGAGAGAGAGAGGCAACCUAUGAACGGUUUCAUCCACCGAGAGUGUCCCUUUCGGAAGAUGGAAAUACGCUUCUGGUGGAUGGUCGGACGCUCCACAAGCCUUUUGUGGAGAAGCCUGUCAGUGCGGAAGACCAUAACAUCUACAUUUACUUCCCAACGACUCCCCAGGGCGCCGGCGGGGGAAGAAGACUGUUUCGGAAAGUUGGCAACAAGUGUUCCGAGUACGACCCUGACUUGAUCAUACCUCGAUGUAUUACCGAACAGGGCACGACCAGUAGUUACGUGUACGAGCCGCUCUUGAACGCCGACAAUGGAGAGGAUGUCAAAGCCUACGCAGUGGGGCCCCAGUACUGUUUUGCGGUGACACGAAAAUCGCCCGCAGUCACAGGUGUGGUCCUUCGGGAUGCAAGUGGCAAGGAAGUAAGACUACCCACCGAGGUCAGCAAGGAGGAGGCAGACGCGGCUGCCAAGAUCUCAACAGGAUUUGGUCAGUCAGUCUGUGGAUUUGACAUCGUUCGAAACAAAGGCAAAAGCUACGUGAUCGAUGUAAAUGGCUGGACCUCGGUGAAAAAUCAGCCUAGGUUCUACGCUCAAUGCGCCGAUAUCCUGCAGCAGAUGCUUAUGUCUCAUGUUGCUAAACAGAUUGCUAAGAACUGAUAAGACUACCUCGCGAUAGAUAAGUUGUGUAUCUAACCGUGUACAUAGUCUAGAUCCAUGGUAUAGAUAGACAAUACAACGCAUCAAGAUCGGCGCGGUCCAUAAUGAUUAGUUAGAGUUGUAAUAAUAGUUGCGUAACCUCACAGAGUCACCAUAUCAGUCCACAUAUUGUUUGAAGUAGCCUGUUAGAACUACCGCAUUACUACCGCCGAAAAAUCGCUCAUGGUUAAAGGCCGAAGCCGUGACCCUGCUAGCCAUUCUUUCUAGGUUGAGCCCAUAGUCAUCUCGGACCGAGAAGGGGAUCAGACUUUUUCUACCGGGGUAGGGUUACAUGCGGGCUGCAAGCUAUGCUGGCUGUGCAGUUGUAAUGGUGGAGCAAAUACUGACACAGACCAGGUUGAGUCUAGAAUGGCAUCUUGCUUGGUACCCUAACUAACCCAGGCCCCUGUGAAGGCCUUCUUUCAGGGACCUUUGGGGAACAAUGGGUCGACCGACAUUCUCCAUCGGUUCAACUAGUGGGUCCUGGUGGAUUAACGAAAAUUAAAAAACAAUAUUCUUAUGUAAAGAAGAGCAGUAGGGAAAAAAUACAUCUGCCGUCUUGGAUUGGAUAUUGUAUAUAUACAAGUUUAUAUCGCAUAA